AUGUUUCGUCAAAUCGCAAUUCAUCCGGACGACUGGGAUUUACAGAGAAUACUGUGGCAAGAACGACACAGCCAACCUAUUGCCUACCAACUUACUACAGUGACAUAUGGGCUUAACUGCGCUCCCUUUUUAGCGCUACGAACAAUCCAGCAAUUGGUGAGUGAUAAAGGUUAUCGUUUUCCAUUGACAAUUGUUCCCAUGUCAAAAGGUAGAUAUGUCGACGAUAUCUUUGGAGGAGCGGACACUAUUUCAGAGGCGAAGGACAUUGUCCGAGAUGUAAUACAGCUCUGCGAAGCAGGCGGAUUCCCCUUACAAAAAUGGAACAGUAACUGUUUAGAACUUCUGCCUAAAUCUAAUAAUGGAUCCUCUUCUACAGUCGAAAUUGAGCCCACACACUUCAAGAUCUUGGGCCUUAUCUGGAAACCGAACACAGACACCUUUCACUUUACAGCUGCGACAUCACCCAUCACCGUUUUCACCAAGAGGACAAUAGCUUCGGACAUUGCAAAAUUAUACGAUCCGUUAGGACUGAUUGCUCCAAUCCUGAUAAGAGCAAAGAUUCUUUUACAGGAACUCUGGCUAUUAAAAGUUGAGUGGGAUGAACCUCUUUCCCCAGAACUCGAGCAACGAUGGACGACUUUUCGAAAACAAUUACAUCAGCUCGAUCAACUCUCUAUACCAAGAUGGCUCGGUAUCGUUCGCUCAAAUACUUCUGUUGAACUUCAUGGCUUUUCCGAUGCAUCACAACUUGCUAUGGCUGCCGUAAUUUACGCUAAAGUUUCUGGUAACGAUGGGAAAGUCUCCGUCCAACUAAUAUGUUCCAAGACAAAGGUCGCACCGAUUAAGAAACUUACAAUCCCUCGACUCGAACUCACCGCCGCUCUUCUCUUGGCACGCCUGAUGGUGCAUACUGUAAAUGCCCUUGAUCUCCCUAACGUAACGACAUUUUGUUGGUCUGAUUCUUCAGUCGCAUUAACUUGGAUUACCACUCAGCCAUCUCGCUGGAAGGACUUUGUUCGCAAUCGCGUAUCUUCUAUACAAGAGCUCCAGUCAAACACAUCAUGGCGUUUUGUACCAGGCAAAGAAAAUCCAGCUGACUGUGCUUCGCGAGGUCUGAGGUCAGAUCAAUUAUUUCAACAUGAUCUAUGGUGGAAAGGUCCUGGCUGGCUAUCCAAGUCGCAAACAUCCUGGCCUUCAAUAGUACACAAAUCACCGCCAGACGUUGAUUUAGAGGAACGACCUGGACAUGUCUUGGUUGCUGUCGCACGACAACCUUCCUACUGGGAUCUCUUGGAUAAGUACUCUUCUUUUAUUAAGUUAUCACGAAUUACCGCAACCUGCCGCAGAGUUGUAUCAUGUUUACGACAGGUUCCUCAUUCAUCACCAUUAAAUUAUCCUUUAACACCAGUUGAGAUCGAUCAGAGUUGUCUUUUUUGGAUAAGGAUUGUGCAACAGACGUGGUUCUCUACCGAGAUCGAUCUAAUAUCCAGAGGAAAACAACUCCCUAAAUCUAAUCCUUUAAUACGUCUAAUUCCAUUCUUAGAUAAACAUAAUUUGCUUCGAGUUGGAGGACGUUUGCAUAAUGCACAGAUCGAUUCAAAAUCCAAACAUCCGCUUAUUUUACCUCGUAGGUCUCCUCUCAGUGUACUUAUAAUCGAUGAUGCUCACAAAAGAAUGCUACACGGAGCCGUUCACAUAGAAGUCACAGACUACACGACUGAAGCAUUCAUUGCUGCCUACAAACGAUUUACUGGCAGGAGAGGUGUAUGUGCUACGCUUCAAAGUGAUUGCGGAACGAAUUUCGUAGGAGCCGAUGCCGUAUUAAAACGACAAUUUGAGUUAUCUUCCAAGAAAGCAGGUCACCUUGCUUCACUUCUUGCUAAUGAUGGCACCGAAUGGAGAUUUAAUCCUCCAUCAGCCCCCCACUUCGGAGGAAAAUGGGAGGCAGCUGUGAAAUCGACAAAAUUUCAUUUACAACGAGUAUUAGGAGAUACCUCAUUAACAUAUGAAGAGAUGACAACUAUUACUGUACAAAUAGAAGCAGUAUUAAAUUCGGGGCCUCUAUGUCCACUGCUCACUCGAUGGCAGUUGCUUAGACAGAAGGUGGACCAUUUUUGGUCAAGAUGGUCAUCCGAAUUUCUACAACGUCAUCUAGCGAUUUCAAAGUGGCAUCAUCCCUCAACCGAAAUAAAAGUAGGAUCCCUGGUCUUAAUUACUGAUGAACGCUACCCGCCAGGAAAAUGGCCUCUUGCCAGAGUCAUGCAACUACACCCAGGACCCGACGGUCUUACAAGAGUCGUUACCUUAAAAACAACUGCCACAACUUACAAACGUCCCAUUAACAAAUUAUGUAUUCUACCAACGGAUCCUGAUGCUCUGUCUUCAACGGAUCUUCCGUCGAAGGCGGGCGGAAAUGUUAAGGAAGCGAGUGACUUUUCCAACGCAACGAUCUAA